CAGACGGCCGGAUGAUGGCGAAGGGAAAAGUGCUAUGGUUAUCUGUUCUCCUCCUUGGAUCGGCGCUCUCGCAGCCGCUGCCGGAACCGCAGUUGGACCAGCCCUGCCCUUGUUCGGAGCCCUGUCCCGGCCCGUGUCCGAGCUGUCCCAGCCCGUGUGACGGUGGCGUGAUCAACGUCGCCCCCUGCAACCCUUGCGGCCGGCAGGUCAACUACGCUUAUGGACAGUCACAGCCAGGAAUAAUAACCGUCAGGCCAGGCCAGAUCCGGUUUCCUCAGCAGCCGCCCAUAGUCGUCCGCCCGGGCCCCAUCUCGCUGCCGCGCCCACAGCCGAUCUGGGUGAAGCCCCGGCCAGUCUAUCCCCCUGCCCCUGCACCUAUCACCGUCAGGCCCCCGCCGGUGCAGCCGCCGCUACAGCCCCCAUUCACCGUGAGGGUGCCGCCGGUGAUGCCGCCUGUGCUGCCCCCGAUUUGGGUCAGACCUCAGCCGGUGCCUGUGCCUUGCCCUAGCCCCAUCAAGGUCAUCCCAAGCCCAGUUCAACCGCCACUACCAACACCAUUAGUCAUCGUUCCUCCAAGAGUCUUAGUACCCAGUCCCCCCACCAUCGUCUUCCAGCCUGACCCUCCCCAGAUCUUCAGGACCAUAGGCUGCGCUGACGUGAGGUCACUACGGAAUCCAAGUCGUAGUCCGAGCCCUUGGUUCCCUUCACAAAGUCCGUCACCCUGCCCUCAACCUUGGUUCCCCUCUCCUAGCCCGUCACCCUGCCCUGAUCCUUGGUUCCCUUCCCCUAGCCCCUGCCCCCUACCUAGCCCGUCCCCCUACCCCCUUCCUAGCCCGUGCCCCUGCCCAUCACCUUGCCCGUGCAUGAACUAAGUUAAAAGACUACAACAUUUACUAAAAAGACGUUCCAACAUCGAAAUAUUUCUAAAGCUUUUACAAGUUCUUUACAAGGCGUUUGUUAAUUGCUUUAUAACACAAUGAAUGCCAAAUUCAGCGCAAACAAGUGCGGUUCAGGAAUUUAAAUUCAGUUAUAUUUCGUACCUUAUCACAUUGACAAUAUUUGGUCCAUAGAUACUUUAAUAUUGAUUGUCACUGUGUCAAGGUACGAAAUGGUUCAGCAUUUUAAAUUCUUUGGCUGUACCAUCUUCUCCACUCUCUAGAGUACUUAUAUCCUGCGUUCUGUAUGGUAUCUGGAUACAUCAACUGCAAGAUUAUAUAGUGGAUUUAGGAGUAGAUACUUCCAUUGGUGCAAUUGGACCUAAAUUAUUUUAAAGUUGUCUACAGGGAUCAACUAAAAGCUACUUGCAAUGCAUCAGUACCUUCGCCGAAGUUUGAUAAAUGUUUGAAAUUGUAUUCUAUAUAUAUUAAGUUGUAACAGGGUAUAUUUAAAUAUUGUAUUAUAUAUAUUUGUAUAUAUUAAUUUAAGGCUACUUUUGUAAGUGUGAAUGCAAUUGAAUAAAUUACGGGUAUAAGCAGCAUAAUA